AUCUACCUUCAUGGCCCGUAUAAAUACGACGGCGGCGAGGCUCAUAACAUACAACAAUGGCUCCUCAGACACUCCCCGUCCUCAUCGCUGGCGCAGGUCCCACCGGUCUUGUAGCUGCUCUGACCCUUCGCCAGAACGGCAUACCUGUGCGCAUCAUCGAUAAAGUUCCCGAGCCGCCGUUUGGUUCUCGAGGAGCAGGCAUUCAGCCUCGGACGCUGGAGGUAUACAAGCUGCUGGGCGUCCUUCCGGAUAUCUUGAAGCAUGGUACCCCGACGCCUCCCUUCCAUAUCUACAACUAUCCAGAGGGCAAAGAAAUCAUCAAGGAAUUCUUCCUGAGCCCGCGAAGCUAUCCCACUCCCGGGAUGCCCUUUUACAACCCCAUGCUUCUCGGGCAAGACAUAGCAUGCGGUAUUCUCCGCUCGCAUCUGAGCAAGUACGACUGUCACGUCGAAUUCGGCUCGGAAUUACGUGCACUCGAGCAGCACGACGACCACGUUGUCGCGCACAUCGUCCGCGCAGGAGGGCCAAACGGAUCGGAGGAGACGUUCUCCGCCAGCUAUGUCAUCGGCUCGGACGGUGCAAGAGGCGCUGUGAGGAAGCUCCUAGGUUUGCAGUUCGAUGGCGUGACCAGGGACGACGCGGGGAUCAUCCUUGGAGACUUACGAGCAACAAAUCUCCCUCGUGAUUGUUGGGCCGGCUGGGGUCCGAACGGCAAACCGAUAUUCUCGGUGUUGCCGCGUUACUCGCACGACGACGAUACGUUCUGGGUCACGCUCAUGGCGUUCGACAAGGAUGUCGACUACGACAGACUGGUGCGGCAUCCCGAAGAGUUCAAGGCAGUAGUGCAAAAGAUCACAGGCCGCCCGGAUAUCGAGAUCCUCGAGUUCCUGUCGUUGGCGUUUAUCAGAUUCAACAUCCGCAUGGUCAAAGAGUUCCAACGAGGCAGAGUUUUCGUCGCAGGAGAUGCUGCACAUGUCCACAGCCCCGCCGGAGGCCAAGGCUUGAACAGCAGCGUCAUGGACGCGUUCAACCUCGCCUGGAAAAUCAGCCUCGUGCACAAAGGUGCCGCGUCCCCUACCCUCUUCGCGUCCUACACAGCCGAGCGCGCGCCCGUGAUCGAGAAGAUGCUCAAGCUGUCCACAGAGACGCUCGACAAGACCGUCGGAAACGACGAUGACGGCUGGAAGCGCGGGACGCGGUUCUACCAGCUGGACACGAACUACCGCGGGAGCCCGAUCGCGCUCGAGGGGCGCGGCGAGGACGUCCCCGCGCCCCCGGCGAACAUGUACACAUUCGGCGACCUGGGGCGGGUGCGCGCGGGCGACCGCGCGCCCGAUGCGCCGAAUCUGCUCGACCUGAAGGACCCCGCGGCGGCGGGGCUGGCGCGCUUUUACGACCUGUUCACGCCCACGAAGCACACGGUCCUGAUAUUCUCGGAUAGGGCAGCGGCCGCGGACGAGGUUGUGAGCGCGCUGGGCGGGUACCCCGCGGGCUUGGUGCAGUCGGUCGCGGUGCUGCCCGCGAUGACGUCGGUGCGCGAGGGGCUGGUGCUCCCCAAGGCGGAUUUUGUGGUCAAGGACACGGAUCGGCAUGCUUAUGAGGGGUAUUCUGCGGACCACACGAAGGCGGAGCCGACGGUGGCCGUCGUUCGGCCGGACAGUUUUGUAGGCGCGACCGGUAGGGGCGUGGCUACUGUGAAGGAGUACUUCAGUCGGAUCUUUGCUUAGAGGACGGAUGCGUAUACCUGAACUUGGAUAAUCUGUAUUAGUAGUCAUGAUAGUCAAGAUAACUCAACUCACAUUCAUGGAAAA